CUUGCAUUUGGAUCGCCACAAUUAAAUGUAGCUGGUUUUCUCCAAAAUGAGUAACUCGAUGGACGACUCGACUGCCCGUCUAUUCGGUGAACCAGGCAAAAAACCCUCACAGAAAAAUGCAUGUGCUGCCUGUGCUCGCCGCAAGAUAAAAUGCAACCGGCAAGACCCUUGUUCGAAUUGCGUCAAGUCAAACACAGUAUGCAGCUUCGCUCUUCGCACAGCACCAUCCAGAAGCCGUAAGAGACUGGUGUCGCAAGAGGACCUUUAUGCUCGUCUCCACCGCUAUGAGGAUUUGCUGCGAAAGCAUAACAUCGACAUCAGCCUGCCUGAUAAUUGGAUCCAUGCAACAAUCAAGCAGCAAGAUGAUUCUUCAUACACUGUUGAGACGACAUCAAGUGAUACGUCUAAUGCAUCGAAACCUGCACAUGGACAGCAGAACUGGUGGGCAGAAUUAAGCGAUGAACUUAAAAACCCCACCGAGCAGCAGGUUCCACUACCUCAGGUGCUUGGAAAUUUGUCUUCAACCUACGAAUCACCCUACGAAUCACCCGUCCCUGCUUCACCUACUACAACUUCUUUACUCUUCGGAUCGAGACUUGAAUCGAGGAAACUAAUGUCUCAUCCUUCUCCCAACAUCGUAUUCAAAAUAUGGCAAUACUUUCUUGAUAACAUCAACAUACUAAUCAGAAUCAUCCAUGGGCCGACGAUGCAGCAGGAUAUUCUAAAGGCCAUCGACAAUCCUCAAGACAUGGACAAUGCUCAGGAGGCGCUCAUGUUUUCCAUCUAUACCCUCGUAGUUACUUCAAUGUCAGCCGCCGACUGUCUAGCCAUGCUGGCUUAUGAGAAAGCUCACCUGCUUGCCCAAUUUCGGAAUGCUGCUCAACAAGCACUGACGAAUGCGAAUUUCACUUCCACUAUGGAUUUCAAAGUCCUACAGGCUCUUGUCCUUUAUAUGCUAAGUGACCCUGACUCAGAAGAAACGUUUAUUCUCUCCACCGUUGCUGUUAGGAUAUCUCAACGUCUCGGGGUAACUGGGAAAGAUGACCCAAAAGUGUCCGUCUUCGAAAAUGAAAUGCGCCUUAGGUUAUGGUGGCAACUUAUUUUCCUCGACGCUCGUGCCGCAAUGGCUAGGCCUAACGUUGGUGCUAGCUUGACAGUUGCUGAACUGGACAAGCUUAGACUUCCUAAAAAUGUGAAUGACUCAGAACUUUAUCCGGAAAUGUCAGAACCUCCUUCUGAAUAUGGAAGAUUUACCGAUAUGGUGCUUUGCAUCAUGAAAUAUGACUGCAAUUCUAUCAUAAGACUGUCUAAGCAUAUCCCUCCACACGCACGCAGUCUACGGAUAUGGUCAGAUUUCUACAUGGCUCUUGCUGAAAAAGACGAAAUAAUCGACACGGUCGCAGAACACUACCAAAAGAAGUAUCUACAAUAUUGUGAUCCCAAGGUUCCUCUCCAAAAUUAUGCUAUCAUUAUGGGCAAUUUCGCCAUUUCCCGAAUGAAAUUCCGUGCGCAUCAUCCUCGAAACAAUCCAGACUGGUCAACCCCAGAGGAGAUAGAAAUAAUGUUCUUCCACAGUGUCCGUUUAUUGGAAUACGAUAAUUGCCUCCGGAAAACCAAAUUACCGCAACAGCUUGUAAAACACCUCACCUCAAAGAUACAGAUUGACAUAUUGAUCUGUAUCUUGACCGGGUUGAGACGGCGAGCAACGGGAGAAUUAGUGGAAAAUGCUUGGAAGCAAAUUGAAAUAUUUUAUGCUGACCACACACUACUCGUGGAAGAUACUAAAAAUACGUUAUACAUGGCUGUUGGUGACUUGGCUCUCAAGGCAUGGAAAACAAGAAUAUCUUCUUCCCGCUUGCAUACAACGCCCGAGUUCAUAUUGAAACUAUUACACCAGAGAAACAGCAUGCAUAACUCAGCCACAGAAUCACACUUCUCCCCAACAAAUUUGACCAACGGCCCUUCCUUGAUUACAAAUGAGACGCAAAACAAGGUUGCAUCUUCCAGUACGCCCCUUUCCAUGGGGAUUUCAUUGGAUACCCCUGACGUAGACUGGAGUUUCUGGGAUGGUUUACUCUCAGAACCUAGUCUUGGUGGUUACGGACAAGAAAUUCUUGGUUACAAUAUUGCGCUUUGA